UCAUUCAGAGAGAAGAAGAAGAAGUUUCGAGAAAGUGAGGGGCAAAACAACAUGGUGAGAUAUAACAUAACUACAAAAUACUGUAACUAAUAUAAACUGAGAUGUUAACGGCAUUGGUCCUGUAAAGCAGUCGUUAAGUAUAGAGUGGUGCAGGUUAACCGCGGAGCAAACUUCUCCGUCAGUCAGAUAGAGUGUACGCCGACGUUUGCCGAGCUGUGAGCCGGUGUCAAGCCGCAGCAUGUCGGUGCACUUCGAGGAGAGGAGCGGCGUCGUCCCCUGCAAAACACCCUGGGGCUCUUGGUACCAGACCAUGGAGGAGGUUUUUAUUGAAGUCGACGUGCCUCAUGGGACGUCCGGUAAAGAGGUCAAGUGCCAUUUGGGAUCCAGAGACAUCGAGCUGCAUGUCAAAGGGAAGGAAGUCUUCAAGGGAAAGUUAUUUGACACAACAGUGUCUGACGAGGCUACAUGGACAUUGGAGGACAAGUGUCUCAUCCGGAUUAUUUUGAUGAAGACUAACAGGCAGGCAGGGAACUGCUGGUCCUCCCUGCUGGAGGGGGAGUACUGUGCGAAUGCCUGGGUACAGGACCAGAUGCAGAGAAAGCUUACCCUGGAGAGGUUCCAGCGGGAGAAUCCUGGAUUUGACUUCAGCGGGGCAGAGAUCUCUGGGAACUUUGCUGGUGGUGGUCCAGACUUCUCAAGUUUACAGAAGUGACCAGUGUCAUGAUGCCAAAAACCUGUUACAUGCUGGAGAUUUCACCUCUGCCUAAUGAACACUACUGAGGACAUCCAAGGCAUGGAGAUAAACAGUGGAUUAAUCAGUUCCUGUGAUAAGUCAAAAAUAUUUGCCUUUCAGAACUCAAAUACUGGACUGUCUGGACAGAGACUUUUAGCAGCAGCACAUUCAUCUUUUUUGGGCCUAAUAUAGCAAUUUGCAAGGCUCAUUAUGAUGGAAACUGUUCUUUUCAUUCUGAGAAGCCUGUGCGAUGUCUGUGUUGCUUUUUAAUAAUGAAAACGAUCCACAAGCAAUAACUUUUCAAUAAAGUUUUAUUGAAAGGUACAAGUACAUUGGUUAACAAGAUGGUGUAUUCAAUUAGCCAUUUUGAAUUUGGGAGAACACAUUUUAUUUCUGCCUCUAAAAGAAACUUCUACUAGACAGGGAAACUGGCAAAGAAAAUUCAAAACAAAUUCCAAUACACAUUUCCACUGCAACAACCUUUUUUUUAGUGUUCUCUGUAUAAUUGACAACUGAAAUCAAUUCAUACAUGUAGUACUUCACUCUGUGUACACAAAUUAGGAAUUGGUGAAAACAACUCAUCUGUAACCACUUAUGACAAUUCAGCUCAAACAGUAUGGUCAGCCAUACAUGACAGGAUCGUCAGUAGCCUCACUUCACUGGAGAAAA